GGCCUGCCUGGGUGCCGAGACUGGCAUGAUCAGCUGAACUUUGAGGGGUUAGCGCUUCUCUCGGGCUUCCCCUCAGCAGUGCGGAGGCGAGGGGAGCGCAGAGCCCCGAGCUCAGGACGGACGCACAGGCAGACAGACAACCGCGCCCAAGCUCGCCUGCAGAGCCCCUGCACUCCCCACCCCCACCCGCCUAGCCUCCGGGACCAUGUCCAAACCUUCAGACCACAUCAAGCGACCCAUGAACGCCUUCAUGGUAUGGUCCCGAGGCCAGCGGCGCAAGAUGGCCCAGGAAAACCCCAAGAUGCACAACUCAGAGAUCAGCAAACGCCUAGGCGCCGAAUGGAAGCUUCUGUCCGAGGCAGAGAAGCGGCCAUACAUCGACGAGGCCAAGAGGCUACGCGCCCAGCACAUGAAGGAGCAUCCUGACUACAAGUACCGGCCGCGGCGCAAACCCAAGAACCUGCUCAAGAAGGACAGGUAUGUCUUCCCCCUGCCCUACCUGGGCGACACGGACCCGCUCAAGGCGGCCGGCUUGCCCGUGGGGGCCUCCGACGGCCUCCUGAGCGCGCCCGAGAAAGCCCGGGCCUUCUUGCCGCCCGCCUCGGCGCCCUACUCCCUGCUGGACCCCGCGCAGUUUAGCUCGAGCGCCAUCCAGAAGAUGGGUGAAGUGCCCCACACCUUGGCCACCGGCGCGCUGCCCUACGCGUCCACCCUGGGCUACCAGAACGGCGCCUUCGGCAGCCUGAGCUGCCCCAGCCAGCACACGCACACGCACCCGUCCCCCACCAACCCGGGCUACGUGGUGCCCUGUAACUGUACCGCCUGGUCUGCCUCCACCCUGCAGCCCCCCGUCGCCUACAUCCUCUUCCCGGGCAUGACCAAGACUGGCAUAGACCCUUAUUCGUCAGCCCACGCCACGGCCAUGUAACCCCCAGCCCGGCCGCCAGACCUGGAGGGCGGCCUGGAAGCGGGGUCUGCACCCUGACCUCUGCGCCUAGCCGGGGCCUGCAGACGCCUCGGGGUCAGCCCUGCCGCCGCCCCCUACCCUACCCCAGACUCUGCUUCUCUCUUCCAGGGGGAUGGUAGGGGCGUCCUCCCGGACCCAAGGCGCAGACAGGUGCCAGAAACUUGUGAACGUUAUGACAGCUAUACAGCUGCCCCUACCCUCACUGCCCCCAAACCAAUCUCCGACUGUACCCCCUUUGGACAAAAAAAGUAGGCAGUUUUGCUUUAUAUGUCCCCUUCUCUCUCCUCUGAUGGGCUUUGGACUCCAGAAAUCCCAGAUCUUGGUAUUAUAUCUAGAAUAUGCAUAUAUAUUUUUUCUUCUGCACCCUGAAGAUAAGAGUUAGCUGUGUCUCUGUGUUUUGCCAUCAGACACAACUAGGUGCCAUUUGCUCUUCAUGUAUGGGGGAAAAGGCUUACAAAUUUAAAACUACAAAAAAGGGAAACAUUUCUAUUUAAAAUCAUGCUAUGAUAGUGUUUGCUUCUUUAAAGGUAAAACAAAAGGACCCACCUGGUUAUUUACUUUGUAUAAAGCAGUGCUCCUAGACACCUAAGUUUACUUUUAGACAGAAUGUCAGGUUAAGUCAGGAAGUAGAAAGUGAACAAAAAUUAAAAGAAUAAAAACCUCCUAAAUGGUCAUAAAUGUUUUGACGAUGUCUUGGAAAUGUACCUAGAAGGAUUUCACCUCCUUACACUGUUCAUUUGUUGAACAAAGACGUUUUGAAUAAAGACAAUCUGUCAUUGCAAAAAGUAACCUUUGAUGUGCAUAAAAUCUGAAGUCAGGAGGCCAGGUCUGGGGCCGCGGGUCGGUGGCCCCGAGUCUGAGAGUGCAUGGAGUGACUCUAAUAGUGGCAGCAGGUGGCUGGCCUGCUGGCCGGGGGCAAGGGGGCCCAGAGUCUGGGAGUUGCCCCUAUUGCCGCUCUGGAUCCUCUUUUUGCCUUUAGAGGCUGGACAAAGGUAUUCAUCCCUGAGACGUCACUCCUUCCGUGCGUUCUUCACAAAGUGGUCAGACCACUUCAAGGAGCGAAUGAACUAAGACAAAGGCUGACCCAGCCUCUGAGAUCUGGGUGUAUUGUCUUUUCUUAAACCAAACUCCAAAGGAAUGGAGAGAAGCGCCGAGUCUACUGGGAACCAGUUGCGCGCCAAGCACCCCGUCCUGCGGUGGGUGUUUAAUUAGUUCAAUACAUGGGGGGAAAUCAGUGGAAUCGAUUUUUUUAAGGUGUUUGAAAACACUGCUGCUGGCUUUUCUGGGGAUUUGGGGCUCGGUACUGGUUCCUAAGUUAAGAAAUAAAAGUCUCAGAAACGCAGAAAAACUAGGUCCCAGCUGCGCGCUGUGGGAGACGUUUUACUAAGACCCCGCGGGAGCAAAGGGAAAAGGAAGGAGAUAGGCAAGGAGUUUUUUUUAAAAAUCACAUAAAGGAGUUUAAAAAAUCAUAAAAAUUAAAUAACUCAUAGCCCUUAGUGUUUAACGAACCAGAAAAAGAGCCCUUUUCUUUCCCGGCUGGGUGAAUGUGAGCUUGAAGACUGCUGUUUUCCGUGGGGAGAAAGGAACUGCUGAUGCUUUUCAACACAACUCUGUGAAACUUGUUCUCAAAAUCCAAGGGUGCUCCCCCACUCCUCUACCCGCCUCCGGUCUCCCCGCCAAAGCCGUGCUCCUGCGUGUUUUUCUGUGGGUCGGGGGCUUUCCCGCGGCUCCGAGCCGGUGCGGGGUGGGGGUCGGGGGCAGCCUGACGGCUUGUCUGCUUUCUGCCGCUGUUGAGGGAUUUGCGCGGUGCCUCUGCCGUUUGCAAAGGAGUCGGUGGCUGGAAGUGCACGGGAAACGUUGUCAACAGACACCAAAGCCGAAACCCACGGAUUAGCAUAUUGUCCUCAAAACAAUUAGAAGUGUUUGAGGUGCUAUUUGGAGCCUAUUCAUCCGAGCCCCUUUGUCAAAGGGGGAUUUUCAUUAUGAAAAAAAAAGUUAGCAGUUGUCCAUCUGGCUGAGCUGAAUAGCAAAGUGAUCCGUGUUGUAUAUGCUUUUCUCAUUAAGAGCUCUUUUGAGACCGAUGUUAGAAUUAAAUGGUAUAACACAAUUAACAUACACGGGCGCUGAAUAGGAGGGGACGCCUAUAAAUAAUAGAUAGAUAAAUAAAUGAGCGAUCAGACGAAGGUAAACAAAGGCGGGCCGGGGGACGUGUGGGGGGAGGCCCGGCGGGCUGCGCCACGCUUACUUAGCAUCACAAAACCCUCUUACAAAUCGAGACAAUUAGGAAGUGACUUGCCUCUGGUGGCCGUCCGGUCUGGGGGCUCUGGGCGCUUCGGGAAGGCCCCUCCUCCCGCCCCCUGGGAAGACCAGGAGGCCUAGAGCCGAGGCGCCGCGGUUUCGCCGUCUGAUGUAACCCCAACUGACAGUCCUGUCAGCCGCUCUGAUCUCCCUCAUAGCUCAGU